ACAACUCAGAUAUAAACGAAACCGCGUGUGAUUUUGUUGUAAUCAAAGGUUCUCUCCUCAUUUAUUUUCAUGUGAAAUCUACAGUGAAACGUUAUAUAAUAACUGUUAAAAACAGAAGGCACCAUGGCUUGUCCAAAAUUAGAUAAUAUCAUAGACAAAUUCAAUGUUUUCACAGAAAAACCAGCCAAGUUUUUAACUGUGCAAAGUGAACUUAAAGAUGAUAUUCAGAACUUGGUUAAAUCUCUUUAUGACUAUACAAAAUCGCAGGAAACUGUUGAUAAGAAGGUGAAGAAGGCUGCGUUACCCAAGUUGAUCGUGGAGGACUUUGAUGAGGAGCAGAUUUGGCAGCAAAUUGAACUCCAAAACUCUGAGUGUUGGGAUCAACUCGUGUGGGAAGUUGCUAACUGUAUGUCCACUAAAACUAACUUAGAAUUCCCUGUUAAGACUUCUGAAGAUAAACCUAAAGAUAAUAAAGAUGUAGAUAGUGAAGAAUCCAUGUCAGAAGGUGAGGAAUCUGAUUUAGGGAAUCAGGAUGAUGAAAAUGAAAAUAUCAAAGAGAAACCUAAGAAAAAGAAGCCAUUGUUACCAAAAUCUAAAGCCAAACCCUCGAUAGUAGAUGAUAACUUCUUCAAGCUGCAGGAUAUGGAGAAAUUCUUGCUCAGCGAAGAGAAGAAUGAAGGGAAAGCGAAAGGUUCUGACAGUGAAGAUGAUGCUAUUGAUAUGUUCGAAGAUAUUGAUGAUGAGGAUGGAUCUGAUGGUGAAGAAGGAGGCAAGGAAGCCAUGUACUCUGACUUCUUUAACCAGGAAGGUGAGGAAAAUGAUGACAGUCAAAUAAAUGGUGAUAAAAUGGAUGAUGAGGAUGAUGAUGGUGAAGAAAUGGAUGAUAUAGAGGAAGGUGAUGAAAGUGAACAGGAAACUCAAGUAACAUCAAGGAAAGAUGAUAAGAAAAAAGUCAGAUUUGCUCUCGAAGCCUCUUCAGAUGAUGAUGAUGAUGAUGAUGAGUCAAUGGACAGUGAUGUACCAAACAACAAUAUACAAAAACUGCCAGGUGAAAAGCAAUCAGAAUUUGAACUACGACAGCAACGCUUGAAGCAACAAAUAGAAAAAUUGGAGCAGAAAACGCUCUCUGAAGCACCUUGGCAGUUAAAGGGAGAAGUAGAUGCUACGCGGCGUCCACAAAACUCACUCCUCGAAGAAGUUGUAGACUUUGACCUUACCAGUAGACCUCCGCCCAUCAUCACCGAACAAACUACGGUCACACUAGAAGAACUAAUAAGACGCAGAAUCAAAGACAAAGCUUGGGAUGACGUUGUAAAGAAGGAGAAACCAGUUGAUGAUCAACUGUCAUUCCGUAAAACGGAAGUACUGGAUCAUGCUAAAAGCAAGUUAAGCUUAGCUCAGGUUUAUGAAGCUGAGUAUUUAAAACAGAAGCAAGCACAAUCAGGUGAGGUACAAGAAGAGAAAGAACCGGAAAGUCAUACGGAGAUCAGAGACGCAAUGAGCAAGUUGUUUGCUAAAUUAGAUGCGUUAUGCCAUUAUCAUUACACACCGAAAGCACCACAAGCCGAAGUCAAGAUUGUCAGCAACACUCCAGCUAUUUCAAUGGAAGAAGUUGCCCCAGUUGCUACCAGUGAUGCGGCCUUACUCGCUCCAGAAGAGGUUAAGAAGAAACGUAGAGGAGAACUAAUGAGUAAAGAGGAAAGGACUACGACGGAUAAGAAUAGAGAAAGAAGGAAAAAGAAGAAGCAUCAACGGCAGAAGGGUAAAGUAGAGAAGGUUACGGAACACAGGAAUACGGAGAAGGGUGCAGUGUCAGAUGAUAAGUCUCUGAAAACGUCUAAGGCAUUCUUCCAGCAGUUGACAGAUGAUUCUAGAAGUAUGAUUAAGAAGCGUAAUGUUAAGAAUAAAGGACAAUAAAAAUAAAUGUUUGUUGUGUU